UAAAGGCGGCGCGGCCGGCGGGGCAGGGUGCGGGGUCUGGGUCACUCUGCUCCGCCGGAGUCCUGCCCUGGCCGGGCAGCGGCCGAGCCCCGCGGCCCAUGGAGAUCCCCCUCAAGUACCUGCCCGGCGGGCGGGCCGGCGCCAGCGGAAAUAUGAUGACUCAGUCAGAUUUAGAUCUAAAAGAGACAGCUUUGAAAGAGGAUUUGAAGUUUUACUUCAUGAACCCAUGUGAAAAAUACAGAGCAAGACGUCAGAUACCAUGGAAACUGGCUUUGCAGAUUUUGAAGAUACUUAUGGUUACUACACAGCUUAUAUUUUUUGGUUUGAGUAACCAGCUGGUGGUCUCAUUCAAAGAGGAAAACACUGUUGCUUUUAAACACCUCUUCCUGAAAGGCUAUUCUGGAAUUGAUGAAGAUGACUACAGCUGCAGUAUAUAYACACAACAGGAUGCUUAUGAUAGCAUUUUUUAUGUUAUUAAUCAGUACAGGCAUUUAAAGAACAUAUCCCUGGGGACRCUUGGUUAUGAACAUGAAGAAUCAGGUUUAAAAAUCUGUAAACAACAGUACAAGAGAGGCACAAUGCUUCCUUCCAAUGAUACUCUGAACAUAGAUGUUUCUAUUGAAACAGAAUGUAUCCUUUUAAAGCCAGAGGAGCUAGCUGGUAAGAAGGCAGAACUGAAGCUGAACUCUUCUUUUUUCAAUCUUGAAUUUUACAGGCUUAUACAGAUUGAAAUCUCCUUCAAGCUGAAAGGCAUUGCUCURCAGACAAUCCAUGCCCGUGAAUUGCCUGACUGCUAUGCAUUUCAGAAUACUAUAACUUUCAAUAACAGAGCCCACAGUGGAAAAAUCAAAAUCUAUUUUGACAGUGACACUGACAUUCAGGAGUGCAAAGACUGGCACAUAUUUAACUCUGUUCUCCAGAAGAAUGCUCAGUAUAUUCUAGUCUUUGAUGGCUUUGUCAUAUUAAGUUGCUUGGCAUCUCUCAUCCUCUGCACACGAUCCAUCGUUCUUGCCUGGAGACUGCAAAAGAGAUUUGUGAAUUUYUUCCUGGAGAAGUACAAGCGCCGUGUCUGUUAUGCUGAUCGCCUGGAGUUCCUAAAUGGCUGGUAUGUCCUGGUAAUUAUCAGUGAUGUGAUGACAAUCAUUGGGUCAAUCCUAAAAAUGGAAAUAAAAGCCAAGAACCUCACAAGUUAUGAUGUCUGCAGCAUUUUACUUGGAACAUCAACUUUGUUUGUCUGGGUUGGAGUCAUCAGAUACCUGGGAUAUUUUCAAACCUACAAUGUGCUCAUUUUAACUAUGCAGGCAUCGUUGCCCAAAGUGCUAAGGUUCUGUUGUUGUGCUGGGAUGAUCUACCUUGGCUAUACUUUCUGUGGUUGGAUUGUCCUGGGACCUUAUCACGAAAAGUUUGAAGAUCUGAACACGGUGGCUGARUGUCUGUUUUCUUUGGUCAAUGGUGAUGAUAUGUUUGCAACAUUUGCUCAAAUCCAGCAGAAGAGUUCACUGGUGUGGAUGUUCAGCCGAGUGUAUCUGUACUCCUUCAUUAGUCUGUUUAUAUACAUGAUCCUCAGCCUCUUUAUUGCACUCAUUACUGACUCCUAUGACACYAUAAAGAAAUACCAACAGAGUGGUUUCCCAGUAACAGAUCUACACGAAUUUCUAAAAGACCAUAGCAGUGCUGGCUACAGAAAAGAGAGAACUUCUUUUCCAUUCAUCUGCUGCUGCAGGAGACAACAGAGUGAUGACAACUUGAUACUUAUUAAUUGAUGGCUGCACAUUGAAAUUCACCUCUGAUAUAUGCAAAGAAAGCAUAGUGGUACAGAGAAGGAUAAUUCUCCAAAUUGCAAUGAAACCUACCAUCUGGACCUGCCUCAUGAACAAACUAGUCCUAGCUAAWUAAGGUUUUGGGGGAAGAAAACUAUUAAUGUGACAUCAGCUGGCUGACCAACAGGAGAGYCCAGAAGCUGUGUCUGGAGGAGAGCUGUGAAGAAUUCUGUAUUCUUGCCUCGAGUUCUGUCAUGAUAGAGAAGACUGAUCCUUGAGAAUUGUCUGUAGGAGCUCUGUUUGCUUAUGACUUUGAAGAGGAAGGAAAGUGGCUGUGAAUUMACUGUUGUUAAUAAGAAAAAGAAUUCUAUGAAAAUAAUUUUUAAAAAAUAACCCUGUGUAAAAAAGUAUUAAAUAAAAGGAAGUCAAGAAGGGAGGAAUUUUUCACUUAAAGUGAUGCAUUCAGCCUGUCAUUUCUUCUUGACACAUUUAAUUUAUUUGAACUAAAUUUAUGGAAAACUAAAAAGCUGCACGAAAGUGGAAAAUAAUUGCUGUUCUUCCUCUUGUGUAUCAUUUUAACACAAACCACUUUUAGAUCACAGUCUUUUCUUUAACAGCUUUACUAAAAAGCAA